AUGCGACAAACUCUUCUGUCAUUGGCCUUGACGGCCACAAGUGUCUACGCUUGUCAGCGUGACUGGGCAGCGCUGAACCGCCGCAUCAAGAGCCACAGUCACCACGAUCAUGGUUACAAGAAACGAGACAUGGCAGUGGAUUACCCACCUUCUCUCACGGAAUACGAGUCUAUACUUGUGAACUCCUUUGAUAGCAAAUCGCUCGACGAAUGGUCUCACUACUAUACGUCUGGAGAUCAUCUUGGCGGACACAACCGAACUCUAGCUGAGUGGACGCAACAAAAGUGGAUUGAUGCUGGCUGGGAUGCUUCCAUUGAGGAAUAUUGGAUCUGGUAUACUGCUCCUCUUGAGACUACCUUGACUUUGAAUAGACCCGAUGGAAGCGUCCACAAUGUCAGUUUAAUCGAGGACAUGCUGGAGGAGGAUCCUACUACUAGCUAUCCCAACCGAAUCCCGGCCUACCAUGCCAUGAGCGGAAGCGGCAACAUCAGCGCCGAAUAUGUUUACGUCGGUCGCGGACAACGCGGAGAUUUUCAGGCUCUAAAAGAUGCUGGGAUCGAAUUGGAAGGCAAGAUUGCGCUGUCCAUGUACGGUGCGAUUUACAGAGGAACCAAAGUGAAGAAUGCACAGGACAACGGCAUGAUCGGGGCUGUUCUUUUCACCGAUCCUCUUGAUGACGGAGAAAUCACCGUUGCAAACGGCUACCUUGCGUACCCAGAUGGUCCAGCUAGAAAUCCUUCUAUGAUCCAAAGAGGCAGUGUCCGUUUCUCCUCACUGUACUCAGGUGAUCCAUCUACAGUCGGAUAUGCAUCAGAGAAGGAUGGCCCUAGGAAUGAUGUGACUCCUUACAACCCAACCAUUCCAUCUGUGCCCAUUAGCAUGAAGGAUGCGGUGCCAUUGCUCGCCGCUCUUGAUGGAAGCGGCUUGUCCGCUGAGCAGGUCAACCGCAGCAGCUGGAUUGGUGCACUGCCGAACAUCACUUACAGCAGCGGUCCAACACCAGGUGCCACCCUUGAUAUGGUCCAUUUCAUGAAUCAGACGGUCGCUCCCUCUUGGGAUGUUAUUGGUAUCAUCAAUGGAACCCAUCCCGACGAAGUCCUCAUUAUCGGGAAUCACCGCGACGCUUGGGUUAUUGGGGGUGCAGCGGAUCCAAACUCGGGCUCUGCAGUUCUUAUAGAACUUUCCAAAGCCUUUGGCAAGCUUCUGGACAAGGGAUGGAAACCCCGUCGUACGAUCAUCUUGGGCUCUUGGGAUGCUGAAGAAUUUGGCCUGCAAGGGUCGACUGAAUGGGUCGAAAGCCAUCUGCCUUGGCUCGUGACGAACGCUGUCGCCUAUUUGAACCUUGAUGUCGCUGUUUCAGGCCCCCGAACUGCUCUUUCUGGGUCAGGCGAGAUCCAAACGGUCGCCAUUGAAAUGAUGAAGAAGGUUCUUUUCCCUGAAGGUUGGGGGGUUGGACCAACCUUGUACGACAUGUGGUUCAACACUACUGAGGGUGAGAUUGCUCCUCUGGGAAGUGGCAGCGAUUAUGCUUCCUUUUACCACAAUGGCAUUAGUGCUAUUGACAUCGGAUCAGACGGAGGCAAAACUGACCCGGUCUACCAUUAUCACGGACACUACGAUUCUUAUACCUGGAUGGCAAAGUUUGGAGACCCAGGCUUCAAGAUUCAUCGAGUAAUGGGCCAGUGGCUCACCUUGGUCGCAUAUCACAUCGCCGAUGAUGUGAUUAUCCCCUGGGAUCUGCCCAAUGCCGGACGCGUGCUACGAAACCAUUACGAGGAUCUCAACGACACCGUCGCCGGGGACUAUCCCAGCCUAAGUCUAUCACCCAUCCACGACGCGAUUACCGAGUUCGAGACCGCAGCCGAGCGCAUCGCCACAGUGGCCAAACAAGCCCUCGCUUUCAACGACACGGUCCUCAUCAACGUUAUCAACGGCAAGUACCGAGAUUUCUCGCGUGGCUUCGCAAGCGCCGGCGGUCUCCCUGGACGCCCGACAUUCCACAAUGUCAUAAGUGCUCCCGGUCUCGAUAACGGCUACGGCGCCGAUGUCUUUCCCGCCGUACAGGAUAGUCUGAGCUCUGGCAAUGAGACGCAGGCCCAAGAAUGGGUAGAGAAGAGCGCAUCUGCAAUCUCCCGCGCAGCAGAGAUUCUUGGCAUCUGA